AUGAGCUCAUCAUAGGUCAUCAAUGAUGACUUUCCUAGGGGCUUAACAGCUGAUUUUUAGAGUUGGCUAGACUCAAAUGGUUUUUAGUCCUACGAUUUUGUGAGAAAAGAUCUUGUUGGUGGUUCAUUUGGAGGGAAAUAAGAUGUUAAAGAUCAGAUCAAGAACAUUCCAAUAGUCUUUGUUCAUGGUAAUUCAGAUGUUGCUGUGGGAACAAAUGAUUGGCAGUUUGGAUUCACGAAGACUAUUCAAUAUUUCAUGUAGAAUGGUUAUUCGUAGUAAGAGUUGUAUGCCACAACAUGGGGAAAUGGAAAUUACUCCUUGGGUGAAUUUGAGUCUCAUGAUCAGAAGAGAGUGAUGCUUAUUAGAAAGUUUUUUGAAGCUGUGCUUGCCUAUACUGGCUAAAGUUAAAUAUAGGUAAUCUCUCAUUCAAUGGGAGUAACUCUAUCAAGAAGAGCAUUGAAAGGAGGAAAAGUAUCAAAUAGCAAAGAAACUUAUGAUGUUGGACCAGCACUUACUGCUCAGGUUGAUACAUUCAUCUCAUUAGCAGGUGGAAACUAUGGAGUGUAUACAUGCAAAGGCUAGUCUUAACAUAUAAUUUGCAACAUUGAUGAUGGCUAUUGGCCAGCACAACCCUAUGAGGAUGGACCAAGCAUUUACUUGAAAGACUUGAAUGACGAUUCAACUAAGGAAGCUUAGCAUGUGUUUGCUUUGCUGUCUUUGUAGGAUAUGAGAAUGACCUUGAAUGAUAUUGAUUUUGGCAAGAAAACAGGGCUAUUCCCCACUGUCGAUGAUUAUCAUAUUUUCACUACUUAGUAAUUUUCUCAUCUUUGCUUGAGAGAUUUCGUUGCUCCUUUAUUGAUGCAUCUAUUAUCAAAGCACGAUUUCAAUUUCAAUUUUGAUUUGUUAUUUUCAAGUGGACUUUCUUGCCCAUAUUAAACUCCUUAUGCUUUUGCAUGA